AUGUCUAAUCUAGAUUGUUUAGAUAAUCCAGGCAUCGUUUUUGAUAUUGGAUCUGGGUUCUGCAAAUCUGGCUGGGCUGGUGAGAUCACACCCCGUCAUGUCAUCAGCUCUGUAGUUGGAUAUCCAAAAUUGAACUUGUCUUCGGCUGCAAGAAAUCAGGAUUACUUCAUAGGGGAUGGAGUCCUUUACAAGUAUGAUAUCUUAGAUGUGCACUACCCUAUUGAGCGUGGCCUUGUCAUGUCCUGGGAUGACAUGGAGAAACUCUGGAAGCACCUCUUCGAGUGUGAUCUGGGCGUGAAACCCAGCGAAUACCCCGUACUCAUGACUGAGACCUCCUUGAACCCAAGACAGAUUCGCGAGAAGACGGCAGAGGUAAUGUUUGAGACCUUCAAUGUGCCUGCCUUCUAUCUGUCUAACCAUGCGGUGUUAGCACUCUAUGCUUCUGCCUGUGUUACUGGCCUGGUGGUGGACAGUGGGGACGGGGUCACUUGUACCGUCCCAGUCUUCGAGGGUUACUCCCUGCCUCAUGCUGUCAGCAAGCUCUAUGUGGCCGGCAGGGACCUUACAGAACACCUGUCUCGGCUGCUUCUGGCCAGCGGGCAUACCAGCUCCUACAUUCGCAAAAGAGUCUUGGUGAAUGACAUGAAGCAGAAACUGUGCUAUGUGGCCUUUGAUCCAGACAAAGAGCUAAGCAAGAGGAAGGAGGAGGUCAUGAGAGAGUACAGACUGCCAGAUGGCACUACAAUCUGCAUUGGGGACCAGCAAUACCAGGUUCCAGAAACCCUCUUUGCACCUGACCAGAUGGGUGUCCAAAGCCCCGGGAUCACGAAAAUGGUCACCAGGAGCAUCUUGAAGUGUGACAGCGAUCUCCAGGCCUCCCUUUUUGCAGAGAUUGUGCUGGCCGGUGGCACCACUCUGUUCCCUGGGUUCGAGGAACGCUUGUUGAAAGAACUGGAAUUGGUAGCUGCCAGAGGGACCCCCAUCAAGAUCACAGCUUCUCUUGACAGGUGUUUCUCCUCGUGGAUCGGUGCAUCCAUCAUGAGCUCUCUGAGUACCUUCAAGCAGAUGUGGGUCACCUCUGCCAAUUUCAAGGAGAUUGGGCCAUUUGUGGUCCAGAGAAAAUGCUUUUAG